AUGUCCAGCGAAAACGACACCCUCUCCGAGGGGCAAUACCACCGAGGCGGCGCAGACGACCUGCGCUCGCCAUGUCCAAUCAUCAACUCCCUCGCAAACCACGGCUAUAUCGCGCGAGACGGCCGGAACAUCACCGGGAGCCAACUCAAGGCCGCCCUGGAGCGCAUCGGACUCGGCUUCGACACCGCCGGCGGGCUCGUGAAGAUCGCCUUCCAAGACCAUGUUGACCCACCCGCGGGCAGCCCACGCACGACCGCCAAUUUCGGGCUCCGCGACGCGGGCCAAAUUAACGAAGACGGGGACCCCGUGCUCAACCUCGACCAGCUGGGGCGUCCCCACGCCAUCGAGCACGACGUCUCCGUUACGCGACAAGACCGCGCUUUGGGCGAUUACGUCCACCUCAACCCGGACCUGUAUCAGCAACUGCUCGCCUCUUCGGAAAACGGGACGUCCUUUUCUAUUUCGGAUGUGGGCAAACUGCGCAAGAAGCGGUUCGAGCAGUCGAAGAGCGAUAACCCGGAGCUUGAUCUGGACAAGAGGAUGCAUUACAUCGCGUGCGCGGAGGUCGGCGGCAUCAUGGGUGUCUUCGGGAAGGGGCUCUACCAUGUGCCGAAGGAGUAUAUCCAGGCGAUCUUUGGCGAGGAGCGGUUGCCGUUUGACGAGGGAUGGCGGCCGCGUUGGACGAAGUUGUAUCUACCGGAGGCUGGGGCCGUGACUUUGGCUAUUUCGCAUUAUGCGUGGCCGUUCUAG